AGAUGGCGGCGCCCAGCCGGUUCCUGCAAGCGCUGCUGCUGAACGGCGCGGCCGGGCCGCUGGGCCGCACGCCUCCGCGGCUGAGCGCCUCGUGGCGGAGGGGCCUGUGCGAGCGCGUGGCCGGAGCGGAGCAGCAGUCGGACGAAGGCGACACCGACGCCACGAUGGGCUGCCAGGAUUCAAGAGAUUUGUUGAAAGAAUUUCCCCAGCCUAAGAAUCUGCUCAACAGUGUCAUUGGACGAGCCCUUGGUAUCUCCCAUGCAAGAGACAAGCUGGUGUAUAUCCACACCAACGGGCCCCGGAAAAAGAAAGUCACGCUGGUCAUCAAGUGGCCAAAGAAUGUGGAAGUGGAAGGCUACGGGACCAAAAAGAUUGAUGCCGAGCGGCAGGCAGCAGCUGCGGCUUGCCACCUCUUCAAGGGCUGGGGCUUGCUGGGCCCCCGGAACGAGCUCUUUGACGCUGCCAAGUACCGCAUCCUCGCUGAGCAGCUGGGCUGCCCCGACGAAAGGUGGUACUCGGAGGGCAGGUGGCGCUCCAAGUCCGGCCCUUCCCUGGCCGACAUCUCGACCUGCUGGAGGCGGGUGGAGCCCGACGAGCCCCUCCAGGCCCUGGAGCACAACCGGCCGCCGAAACCCAUCAGGAAGGAAGAGCUGGAGGAGGGCGAACUGGAAGAAGGGGAGCUGGAGGAGGGCGAGCUGGAAGAAGACACCAUCGACGUCUCCGACUACCUCUCCAUGACGCAUUCCGGGGCUCGCACCCCACCCAGGGACCUGAGGGAUGGGUUCUCUAUUGACAUGACAGACGACAACACGGCCCUCCGGGCUCUGACCCAGUUCCCUCUGCCCAAAAACCUCCUGGCCCAGGUGAUCCAGAUUGCCACUUCAUCAUCUACGGUCAAGGAGUACAUGCAGUUCCGAACGGUGGGCACCAAGACCAAACUCUGCAAGUUGACGCUGCGCUGGCCCUGCCCCAUGACCUUCGCUGCCAAGGGGCGCCGCAAGGUGGAGGCGGAGAACAAAGCAGCCGCUCUGGCCUGCCAGAAGCUGAAGAGCCUCGGCUUGGUGGACAAGAACAACAACCCUCUGAGCCAUGCCAUGUACAACAUGACGUCCCUCCGGGAGCUGGGUGAGAACCAGAGGAAGCCCUGCCACAUCAAAGUGCCCGAGGCAACGUUGCGCAAGAUCGAGAACUACCUGAACCACUUCCCCGUGGACACCCGGGAGUCGAGGCCACGGCUUGCAGAUGACAUGAUGAACCUGAGCAAGGAGACGGGGGCCCUCAGCGAUGCCAUCACGGGCAAAACCUACAUCCCCAUGUCGGAGUCGGAAGAACUGCGUCUCAGCCAAAACCUCCUGGCCCUCUGGAAGCGGAGGGGCACCUCGUGGCAGGAGAGCCACCCUCUGCCGGUGGACUCCCACAGGGAAGCGAUCCUGUCGGCCGUGGAGCAGAACCCGGUGGUGGUGAUAGCCGGGGACACGGGCUGCGGGAAGACCACCCGCAUCCCCCAGCUGGUGCUGGAGCACUGCAUCCUGGAAGGGCGGGGCGCCCCGUGCAACAUGGUCAUCACGCAGCCCCGGCGGAUCAGCGCCAUCUCCGUGGCCCAGCGGGUGGCUCAGGAGCUGGGCCCCAACAUGCGGAAGAACGUGGGCUACCAGGUGCGGCUGGAGAGCAAGCCCCCCGCCCGGGGGGGCGCCCUGCUCUUUUGCACCGUGGGCAUCCUUCUGCGGAAGCUGCAGGGCAACCCCCGGCUGGAGGGGGUCAGCCACGUGGUGGUGGACGAGGUGCACGAGCGGGACGUCAACACCGACUUCCUGCUCAUCUUGCUCAAGGGUGUGCAGAAGCACAACCCCAACCUGCGGCUGGUGCUGAUGAGUGCCACGGGGGACAACCAGCGCUUCUCGCAGUACUUUGGGGACUGCCCGGUGGUCAAGGUGCCGGGCUUCAUGUAUCCCGUCAAGGAAUACUACCUGGAGGAGAUCACGGCCAUGCUGGGCCGCCACAGGCACCGGCACUACGAGAUCAAGCAAUCGGAUGAGGAGUGUGUCCUGGACCUUGAGCUGAUCGCUGACCUCAUUCUUCAGAUUGAUGCCCACGGUGAACCAGGUGGCAUCCUCUGCUUCCUCCCUGGCUGGCAGGAGAUCAAAGGAGUGCAGCAGCGCCUCUUGGACUCUCUUGGCUCUCACAACAGCCGCUACCUUGUCUUACCAGUUCAUUCCAACAUCCCGAUGAUGGACCAGCAAAGCAUCUUCCCCCGCCCCCCUCCUGGCGUGCGGAAGAUCGUCCUGGCCACCAACAUUGCCGAGACCUCCAUCACCAUCAAUGACAUCGUGCACGUGGUGGACAGCGGGACCCAUAAGGAGGAGCGCUACGAUCUCAAGACCAAGGUCUCGUGCCUGGAGACGGUGUGGGUGUCCAAGUCGAACGUCAUCCAGCGGCGAGGGCGCGCCGGCCGCUGCCAGUCAGGCUUCGCCUACCACCUCUUCCCUCACAGCCGCCUGGACAGGAUGCCCACCUUCCAGGUGCCUGAGAUCCUCCGCACCCCCCUGGAGAACCUGGUGGUUCAGGCCAAGAUCCACAUGCCGGAGAAAACGGCGGUGGAAUUCCUCUCCAAAGCCCUGGACAGCCCGGAUAUCAAAGCGGUGGAUGAAGCCGUGAUCCUCUUGCAGGAGAUUGGUGUGCUGGACCACAGGGAGGCCUUGACCACGCUGGGCAAGCGCCUGGCUCAGAUCUCCACGGACCCCCGGCUGGCCAAAGCCAUCGUGCUGGCGUCCAUCUACCGCUGCAUCCAGCCACUCCUGGUCAUUGUUUCCUGCCUGACCCGGGACCCGUUCAGCAGCAGCCUGCAGAACCGCACCGAGGUGGACAAGGCCAAGGCCGUCCUGAGCCGAGAGAGCGGCAGCGACCACCUGGCGUUCGUGCGGGCCGUGGCGGGCUGGGAGGACGUCCUUCGGCGUCGGGACAGCCGCGCCCGCGACAACUACCUGCAGGAUUAUCUCCUCUACGCCCCCAGCCUGCGCUUCAUUAAUGGCCUCGUGAAGCAGUUCUCCGAAAACCUCUACGAGGCCUACCUGGUGCCCACCCCCUCGGACUGCCUCUUGCCCUCCUCCGUGUGCAACCAGUACAGUGAGGAAGAGGAGCUGGUCAAGGGCGUCCUCAUGGCCGGCCUCUACCCUAACCUCAUCCAGGUCCGGCAAGGCAAAGUGACCCGGCAGGGCAAGUUCAAGCCCAACAGCUACACCUACCGGACCAAGGCCGGGACCGUCCUCCUACACAAGUCGACGAUCAACAGGGAGGCGUCGAAGCUGUACAGCCGCUGGCUGACGUACUUCAUGGCCGUCAAGUCCAACGGGGGGGUGUUUGUGCGCGACUCCUCGCAGGUGCACCCACUGGCCGUGCUGCUCAUGACCGAUACGGACAUCCACGUGCGCGAUGACGGCUGGCGAGCCACCGUCUCCCUCGUCGACAGCGACCUCCUGGUGCUGGAAGGGGACUCGUACACGAUCCGGCUCCUGCGCGACUUCCGUGUGGCCCUCUCCCGGAUGGUGGAGACGUGCCUUUGCUACGAGAUGGCGGCCAUUCCCGGAGACCUCCAGCACCAGCACAGCCAGCUCCUGGACAUCCUGGUGGACCUGCUGAAGGGGCCCCCGGGCAGCUUUGGGGCCUAGAGCUGGCGUCCGACCAGGACUCGGACAUGGGGACUUGUAAUUUGUACAAAGAUGUUGACAAAAUGUUUAUUUAAAUAAAGUUCUAUUUAUCCCUUGUGA